AUGGAGUUCCAUGGCCAGGCAGCUGCAUGCAACCGUGACAUCAUCAAGCACAAUGUCAAUGAUGGAACAGGAUGGUGUUCCCAUUAUGAACUCUCUGGAAAUGAAUGCUCUCUUUCAACAGGAGAUGUUAUCAAAAUCACUGAAUUAAAAGUCAAGAAAGUCAUAGCAACUUACAAUGAAUACAGCAAGUUGCCUGCAGCAGAGCUUCCACCUGAUUUUCCAGGCUUGUUCUCAGUCAUGGCUGAUAAAAACCCAUAUCACUCCAUUGAAGAAAUCGUACAGGCACUACCUAUUGGACCCUUUGGCAAUCCAAACCUCUAUAGCGAUUCUGAGAUUCAUAUAGGAGACAUAACCAUCGACAAAGGCAAAGCCAUCAUAUUCAACUCUGUGGAAGAAAUAAAUGGAGUCAAGUCAAUCAUAUGUAAAGUGACAAUAGAGGGAACAGAUCAUUCAUUUAUUCUACCUCUGUCCCAUACUGGAAAGUUUUAUGAGUGCCAGGAUGAAAGAAUUUAUACACUCAAAGAGAUUGUAGACUGGAAAAUCCCAAAGAACAGGGCCAGGACUGUAAUACUUAAAGAUAUCAUAGGAAAUUGCACGAGUCAAAAACUUUGCUACAGUGCUUUCAUUAAAGGAAUGAUGGUUGUAAAGCCUGUCUAUGAACUAAAGGUACUGACGCAAUAUGGAGAGUUUUUUAACCUCGCGUCAGAUCUAGAUGUGGAAGUUUUAGAUAUUACCCAACACUGUGAUUUAACACUCUUCACCCAAAUAUUAACUACUCAGGAUAUCUUUGAAAAAACAACCAAUGAAUUUCCACUAAUUGUAGAAAUUCUAGAAGGGCCAUUAAAACAUUGCAAAUCUUACAAAGCAUUAAGAUGUGGCAGAAGGAUCAUUGUUCACAAAAAGUAUCAAGCUGAUAGAAUUAUUGCCUCAGAGUCAAGAAGUGAUACUCCAAAGAGACAUUUUCUUAUUCCAUCCAGCUACACAGGAAAAUUUAAAAGGAGACCCCGCUUCUUCCCAACUGUCUUUGACCUUAAUAUCACCAAGAGAGAAAUGACUGACCUAUAUGUGGUAGCAACAAAAUCAUUUCAUACAGUACAUACAGAAUUUUCAUCACUGAAUGUUGGAGACAUGUUGCAGGUAAAGAUGUUUACAUCCUGUGAAGUCCUUUGUGAAGGAACAAAAACUAUUAUAGAUACCCUGGAAUGUAUAAAGACGAAUGAUGGAAACUCUGUGAAAGUCAUUCUUCCACUCUAUGUAGAAGGUGGCUUCAUGGAGAUUGUGCACGAUAGCAAACAAUACUCCCUAUCAGAACUUUGCAAUCAUUUUCAGCUACCUUUGAAUGUAAAGGUCUCAGUCAGGGACCUGUUUACAGUAGGAGAGGACAUUUUAGCCAACACAUCAGUAUUAAAACUGGAAGAGCACAUUACAGACUCAUAUUUACUUGUUAGUUUAUGUGACAAACCUGAAGAUGUUUGGGAACUUCCAGUGUUUCGGCUAAAAAUUUCUUUUCUAGUCAUUGAUCAUUUUAAAGGCAAAGUAUUUUCUCUACCAACAAAAACUAACAUAGAAGAAAUUAAUGAAGAGGAAUAUUAUAUGGUGAGAAGAUAUGAAAACCAUGUUCAGCUCCCACCACCACGACCUCCAAAGACUCCAUCAUAUAUAAGUAACUCUGGACCAAAUAUUGCAAAACAGGUAACUUUUUAUGAUUAA